GAUGUCACUGAAACCAGUACAGAGUAAUUCACAAUUCGCUGUCGUUCAGUAAUUAUCAAGCAAGGGAGCAAGACGCAUUACAAGAUAGUUGCUCAGGAAGUGCCCACGUUCUCACGGCAAUACAAACAAUUUUUGAAUAAAAAUCACUAGGCUGACAAGGUGUAGGCUAAUUGUUCUAAUACAUUCUACGUACCAAACGACAAAUUGUAUUGAGAAGAAAAGUUACUUGUAAUAUUUAAAAAUGAAUCCUGCGGUAGAUCCUGCGAUGAAUCCUGCGGUGGAUCCUGCGGUGGAUCUUGCGGUGGAUCUUGCGGUGGAUCCUGCGGUGGAUCCUUCAUCAAGUUCCACCCCUGGUAAUAAAGCAUACAGGAAAUAUAAUUCUAUCGCCACAAUGGUACUGCAUGUGGGGAAACGUGAUUUUGUUCAGCACGAUAAAGGAAUUGAGCCCAUUGAUGGUGUUGUCUGGCUCGAUCCUGACUACGUAGAGGGUCACACUGUGUAUGUAAGUGCGUUGGCAAUAUUCAAAUACGGUGACAAAAGUCUCAAAGGCAUGGGAUUCGAUCCGGAAAACCUGCUCGUCAACAUCCCUCAACAAGUCUAUCCACCUCUCAAGCCUCGACUGCCGUUAACUCCGCUGCAACAAAAAUUGAUGCGUAAAUUAGGCUCAAAAAAUGUGUAUCCCUUUUGCAUUGAAUUACCGGAAUAUUUUCCAAACUCUGUCGUACUCCACCCGACGCCCGAUAAUGACGAGGAUCCCUGUGGGAUUGUACAUGAGCUUAAAGCUUAUAUCAGUGACAGCUCGGACAAAGUGAACAAAGUGAAAGAACCAGAUUUUGUAUCGAUGGGAAUCAGAAAAGUAAUGUACGCGCCAUCACAACCGGGUGAACAGCCGACAGUGAGGGAAAUCCAGAGAUUUUGGUUUUCAGACCCACUUCUUCUCGAGGCUUCGCUGGACAAAGAGAUAUAUUAUCAUGGAGAAACGAUCGCAGUAAACAUUAAUAUUACUAAUUACAGCAGACGCUUCGUCAAGGAGAUUAUUGUGACUGUGAAACAAACAGCUACUUUACGUAUGUUCACGAAAUCAAGCUUCACUACUACAGUCGCUAAAGUAAAAAGCGAAAAUGGAUUUUUGGUCUUACCUGAUAAGAAAGUAAGCAAAGUCUUCGAGAUAACACCACUUCUUUCCAAUAACAGAAAACAAAAGCGUGUAGCAGUCGAUGGUCAGACGCAGAAUACAGACACCAAUCUAGCAUCUAGUACAAAUCUCGAUGAAGAACUUGCCAGAAAAAAAAAUGUUGGAAUCACCGUGGAGUACGAUGUUGAAAUUAAAGUAAAAUGCUCAUUUUUCCGAAGAUGGUUUUUUUGUCAUCAGCAAACAACGGCAAAAUUGCCGUUUGUUUUAAUGCAUCCAGAACCUACAGAAGAAUUAUCUAUGCCUCCUUUACCUCAAUCGACUCCAGCUGAGCCAUUACCAUCUACUUCUAAAGAUGACCCUGGAUUUGUUGAUGUCAACCUUAUAGAUUUCAAAGGCGAUGAUAACGUAGACCUUAUAUUCGAAGAUUUCGCGCGUGAACGAAUAAGGGAAUGAACAGAUACCUGAUUAUAUUACGUCCAUAUAUACUUCAGUAAUGAAAGAGACAAUAGAAAAUCAAUUCUGAAAAAUUUUUUAAAAUUAGCUUCAAUUACUAGUAAAAAAAUUUUAUCAAAGCCUUGUUAACAAAUGUAAUUGAUAAAAACAAAAAACGACUGAUUUUAGUUUUAAAAA